AUGUUUUUACCGAGUUCCACAAUUACGGAGCGCUCUAGCUCAUCACAGCACGUGCGACAAUUAUCUGUCAUCACAUGCUAUAAAGCUUUCACAUCAGCUUAUUCUCGAACGCUUCUAAGAGUCCUAUCAUCUCUUCAACGGCGCAGUCACUUUCAAGACAGCGUUAUGUCUACGCUAGAUGGCAACGUACUCUCGUCUGGGGAAACUCUUUCAUCCCACAGCCCCAACCUUCCAACAAUGCUCCCGAGCCAUGAAGCCGCACCCACCAGUGAGCCGCAAACAAUCGAAGAGUUGCGAAAUGAGGUCCAACAAGGAGCGAAACAACAAAACAGCAUGAUGUUUGCCGUUCGAGACAAACUGAACUACGUUUCCAACGUCGUCGACCAAAUAUACAAACCUGGGCCAGUAGAAGCACCGAGAGAGAAGGUCGAGGAUGUUGUUCCGACAUUGAAGUACCAACUCAGGUCCAAAGAAGACUUUGAGUUGCUCAAGAAUAAUCUUACAGCGGAGGGAGUGCUCCUUAAGCUUCAUGAAGAGAGCCACUUCAUGGAUCCAAAGCUAGGUGAUUUAAUGAGACGAAUUAAGGCUUGCCGCAUCAAAACGAAUUGGGAGCUUUCCUUUUCGCUGGAUAGUUACGAAACGCUAAAGAAGUUCGAUUCUGUUGCAGCUAGUGUAGCGCUCAUUGGAUGCCUUCGGCUCGACAACUUCACCCAGCUCAAGACGGAAAGCUAUUGGGUCUGGGUACAUGGACAUGACAUUCCCGCUGCGACCCUAAGGAGUUGCGACCAGCUUCUGGACAAGUGGUCGAAACAGCUGAACCUCAAGAUUGAAAAGGCCUCAUAUGAACACCGAAAGUUGCUUUUUUGUUUCAAGGAGAAAAGAGAAGCUAAGAAAGCUUGCGAGGAAGUGCUCUACUUUGAAGGUGAUCAAGCACUAGCUACGCCUUUUGACAAACGCGCGCAUCCUAUAUUUUGCUACAAAUGCCUCUUGCCAGGGCAUAUGAAGGGAGAUCCAAUCUGCAAGUCUCUACUUACAGACAAGGAGGCCUGGCCUUGUAUUAUAUGUAGCGAAACCCAUGUGAGAAUCACGGAGCGCAAAUGUGAAGCGCCCGCGAAGUGCAGCAACUGCACGGGAACGAAAAGCUUCGGCGACAAGGCUGGUCACAGGACCGAUGAUUACAACUGUCCCUACCCGAAGACAGUGGCUCACCGUGAGGCAUGUGCCGUCUUCAAGGGGGUAUAUCCUCCGUGGGCCGUCGACAUGAAGCUCCCAUCCGGGGAUGAGAUGAGACAGGCGUUGCGAGUCAGCCCACCGAAAGGCACAUUCGACUUCACAACACUUGGUCAACGGAACAAAGACGCAACAUCCACUUUGAAUGAGGAGUCGGUACUCCAAUGCGACCAUGAUGCAACGCAAGAGCAUAUUGCGAGAGAGGAGGUGGCGCAGGAUGGAUUAACAGCAUCGGCGCCGAUUGAGAUGUCGUCUCCCAAUCUUCAACCGCAACCAGAAGCAACCGACGAUCAGUGCUCGGUGGGACCUGGUAUGAAUGCAUUUGCGGAGAUGAUGCAGAGUAGGACGCGUGACAGUCCUAAAACUCCUCAUCGCCGUCGACGUGGGGUAGCAAAGGACCAGGAGCCUUCAUCCCUUCGCAAGACUAUGCAGUCAACAAACGAUGCAGCUUCUUCAUGUACAUCGGACAGAGAAGAAGACUUCCAAGUGGACACGUUACAGGCGAUGACCGCAGUAACGGGUGCUCCCACUGAUAACACUUAUAACAUUACAGAAGAUACUUCGGAUACUUCUCCAUCGGCAUGGCGAAGUCGCAAGCGACGUCGUAACAAGAAGUAA